AUGAAACUCCGCAGCUGCGAGCGGAGCCGCAAUCGCCACCUAUCGGCGGCGUCGGGCCCACCCACAGCGAUAGACGCAACCAAUAGUAGGGCUUGCAAGCAAGGGACUCAUCGACCGAUAGAGCUGCCGCUAGCGACCCUGGUGGUGGGUCGGGCUCUCCUGGGGAGAGAUUUGGUGGAACAACUGGGGGCCAUUAUUGCCUUCAAAGAAGGCGAUAUCACCUUGAAAGUAAAUGAUCAGCAAUACGUAAAAAUGUUAAGCUUAAAACUGAUCACACACCAGACAGAAGAGAAGGUUAGGGAAGAUAUAUUAGAUCAAGUAUUCCCGGGAGUAUGGGCUACAAACAUACCCGGGAAAGCCAGAAAUGCACCCCCAAUGCAGAUUAAGCUCAAGGAGGGAAAACAGCCAGUUAGGAUUAAACAAUACCCUCUAAGAAAAGAAGAUAGGGAGGGAAUUUGUCCAAUAAUUGGAAACUUUUUACAGUUAGGAUUAUUAAAAGAAUGUCAAUCUGAUUUUAAUACCCCUAUGUUACCAGUCCGUAAGCCUGAUGGAUCAUAUCGGGUGGUACAGGACUUGAGAGCUGUCAACAAGAUCACUGAGGAUCUUUACCCGGUGGUAGCAAAUCCAUACACGCUACUGACUUGCUUAAUUCCAGAACUAACUUGGUUUACUGUUUUAGAUCUAAAGGACGCCUUCUUUUGCCUCCCUCUCCAUGAAGCCAGUCAGAGAAAUGAGCUGGCGGACAGAGAGGCAAAAGAAGCAGCAAAAGGUGAGGUACCAACUGAAGGAGCAUUGAUCCCUGAUGGGAAAGUUUCCUUAGAAGGUACACUGGCUGUGCCCAGCGGGACAGGCCGGACCCUGGCAGCCCGCCUGCGGGUCGCAGAGGCACUCCCCUCCAACUCUUCGCAAAAGCCAUAA